AUGAAUCUCGAACUGUCACGGCCGGACACUUACAUCAUAAACUGCGCAGAGUCCUUUGAGUUGCAACAAUCUAUUCCCGUAUCAGACGACGAGGAAGAGGACCGAUCGGUUGAUGCAGACUCCAAUCUAACUGAUGAUGACUUACCGAACGCAUACAAUACUAAUAUAGAAGUAAAAACACCUCAUGACCAUCACUUUUUUGUGACCAAUUGCAUUACUGAGCAUGCUGAAACUCGUCCAUCCGUGGAAUUCGAUCACUCACUGGAAACAGAUGAUGAUGAUGGCGAAGAACAGGACAUCACAGAAAGUGCAUCUUACGAAAUCUCUCCACUAUCAGCUUUGCCUAGCUGUUCCAGACAGAAAGAGGACAGAAAAUCAGACAGUGUCAGCUCAGAGGAACAAGAUACUGUCGAAACUGGUGACCAGUCCCACACACCCACACGUCCACAAUUCGAAGCGGGGGCUCAUGCGGAUGUGAACAAUAGUGUAGACCACUCUGUUGAACACUCAUGGUCUCCGAGUGAGUUGAGUGUCGAUUUGGAACCGUUCACUGAACCGAAUCCAGCGGUUCCGGGACCAAAGUCUCCACACAGUGAACACAAUCCAGAUCAUGCUAGUACACCUCAGUGA